AUUCCAAACUUCACUUAAAGUGAUUUAUAACAGAUGAAAUACGGGUGCUCGCUAUUCCGGAGGUAGUCAAAUAUUCUCUUAGUAGGCUACAUAUUCAGAAGUAUUAAAUUGUUUAAAAAACAAAAUAUAAAUCGAACCGGUAUAAAGACGUUUGGAAUCCUUAGCCAUUUGUUUACACCGAAUAUGACCGGAUUCCAACGCUUCUGCCGCCUGUGUUGUCUAAACGGAAUUCCACCCUGCUAGCUGCAAGUUAAUUGGACAUUGGCGGUCUCCCGGGGCGAGCCACGAAUCCCGCAGACGCGAGGGCACUGCAAGUUCACCACAGGCGCAGACUGCACUGUGCGACAGAGCGCUCUUUUGGAAUAAAUCUGAGAAAUCAAACAGAGUGAUAACAACAGACUGUCUUCGGUUUGGGGCGGUAUAACUUUCAACAACAUUUCUCUCCUCAGCGUUGGUGUUACUCAACGCGUAUUGGUUAAUUUGUGACCAGUGCUUCAUUUUGUCCGAAUAAGUCACUGCUUCUCCCGAAGGGAAUCCUCAGGACAUUUACAGAAAGUAUGUCACCGGGUGCAGCUAUAUAUUGAGGACUCACUUAAGUCUACCAGAUUACAUCUACCGACGAAUACAGCGCUGAAGAGAGGUACCAUUCUUCAGGUCUCCCUCAGUCUCGCCAUGAGCCCUAAAAGAGAUCCGAAGCAGAACUCAGGAGCCCAGCGGGGAAUCCAGCGAUCCAUUUCCCACUCCGGCAGCCUCGGCCGGCCCGAAACUCCAUGGAGACCGACGGCGACCUCCGCCUGGAGCUCCAGCUCCGCUCGGGGGAAGAGGAGGCCGCCCCUGCCCCAGCUCUGGGUGGUGUUACUGGGGAUGCUGUUACUGAUCCUGCUCCCCGCUGUAGAUGCUGUGAAACAGAACCUGCCCAGGGUCACGUUGAGCCACAAAGAGCUGCUCCACUCGGGCAGUGUGGUGCUGUUCCAAGGCCUGGGCGAGUCUCUGCAUUCACACACACUCCUGCUGGAUGAGGAGAGGGGGAGGCUGCUGCUGGGGGCCAGAGACCACAUCUACUAUCUGAACCCAGAUAACCUGAAUGCACACCCCAGGAAGAUCAGCUGGCCAGCCCCGCGGGAGAGAGUGGAUAUGUGUAAACUGGCUGGCAAAAAUGCCCAAACGGAGUGUGCCAAUUUUGUACGGGUUCUGCACAACUACAACCGCACCCAUGUGUAUGCGUGUGGCACCGGAGCUUUCCACCCCACCUGUGCCUUCGUGGAGGUCGGCGGACGGAGAGAGGAUGGCGCGUUCCAGCUCAUCAGCAGCAGUGCGGAGUCUGGGAGACUGAAGUGCCCUUUUGACCCCUGGCAACCCUUUACCUCAGUGCUGACAGAUCAGUAUCUGUAUGCUGGGACCGCCUCCGACUUCCUGGGGAAAGACUCCACGUUCACACGUUCGCUGGGUCCACCUCCAGACCAGAACUUUAUCCGCACGGACAUCUCCGAGGAUUACUGGAUCAACGAGGGCAAGUUUAUAGCGUCUCUUCCCAUAUCGGACACUUUCAACCCUGACGACGACAAGAUUUACUUCUUCUUCCGUGAGGCGAGUCGUGAUGGAAGCGUGUCGGAAAAGCAUGUCCUGUCCCGGGUGGCUCGUGUCUGCAAGAAUGAUGUUGGAGGUUUGAGGAGCCUGACCAACAAGUGGACAACAUUUCUCAAAGCCCGACUGGUGUGCUCCAUCCCCGGCCCAGAUGGAGUGGACACUCACUUUGACGAGCUGCAGGACAUCUUCCUGAUGCCAACCAGGGAUGAGAGGAACCCUGUGGUGUAUGGGGUCUUCACCACCAGCAGCUCCAUUUUUAAGGGCUCAGCAGUGUGUGUGUAUAACAUGGCGGACAUUCGAGCAGUGUUUAAUGGGCCCUAUGCACACAAGGAAGGACCUGACCACCGCUGGAUCGAGUAUGAAGGAAGGAUUCCCUACCCUCGGCCAGGAACGUGCCCAAGUCGCACCUAUGACCCACGCAUCAAAAGCACCAAGGACUUCCCUGACGAGGUCAUCAGCUUCAUCCGCUUCCACCCCCUCAUGUACCGCCCCGUCUACCCAAUCAUGCGCCGGCCUGUCUUCACACGCGUCAACACAGACUACCGCCUCACACAGAUAGCUGUGGACCGCGUGAAUGCCGAAGACGGCCAAUACGCAGUCAUGUUCCUGGGCACAGAUAUUGGAUCUGUACUGAAGGUGGUGAGCAUAACUCAGGAUAACUGGUCCACCGAGGAAAUUAUUCUGGAAGAAUUACAGGUGUUCAAGACCUCCUCACCAAUUCUGAAUAUGGAGUUAUCUUCUAAACAGCAACAGCUGUAUGUGGGCUCGGCGGAAGGGCUGGCGCAGGUGGCCCUGCACAGGUGUGAUGUUUACGGGCAGGGCUGCGCCGAGUGCUGCCUGGCCAGAGACCCCUACUGCGCCUGGGAUGGCAACCAGUGCUCGCGCUACAUCCCGGCAUCCAAGAGGAGAGCCAGGAGACAGGACAUAAAGCAUGGUGACCCAUCCAGUCAGUGCUGGGACACAGAGGAUGGUAAAGAUGGGGAGGAAAAGCUGAUGUUUGGCGUGGAGACAAACUCCACCUUCCUUGAGUGCGUCUCCAGAUCACAGAAGGCCCUCAUCCGCUGGUUCUACCAGAAACCUGGUUCUGACCUCAGGGAGGAGGUCAAGGCUGACGAUCGUGUGCUGGUGACGGAGCGGGGGCUGCUGAUUCGCUGGCUGCAGCGGAACGAUGCCGGCUCCUACCUCUGCACCUCCCAGGAGCAGCGCUUCACUCGCACCCUGCUGCGCUUCUCCGUCCGCGUCCUCCAGAACGGCCAGCUGGAUGGUCACCCGCCGCCACCACCGUCGCCGCCCCAGCGGGGGCCCGCCGAGGACCCCACCGCCUCCGUCGCCAUGGGGGCAGAGGGCCGGCAGCGCUACAAGGACUUCCUGCGCAUGCUGAGUGGGCCGGCGCGCUCCGUGGAUGAGUACUGCGAGACGCUGUGGUUCCGUGAGAAGCGCACACGCCUCCGGGGCAAGUGGAAGCAUAUGCAGGAGAUCCGCAAGAGCCGCAACCGGCGACACCACCACUGAGUCCAGAGGGCUCCCAGGAACCAGCCAACAGAGGGUUCAAACCUGCUCCCUAAAGACUAUCACACAGUUUCCACCAACUACAGCAAAGAAAAGGUUAUACCUUAUGUUACAUAUCACUUGCACAAUAUCCCAUUGCGUUGUAACUACAUGAUAAGAGUGUAACAUGGUAAACAUGAAUAUAUAAUUGUACUUACAUAGCUCUAACUUUAAAUAUAACUAGUUUAUGUAAGUACAAAACAUCAAAGUUCUGUUAUUAGCUCAUGUUUUACUCAGUGUGUUACACGCUAUUUCGAAAUGUAGUUACAAUGUAAUGAGUGUGAACUAAUAAACAAUGUUACCAAGAAGCUAUAAAUCGAAAACAAAAAUUCUGUUGUUUUUUUUUUUGGACCAUAGUUAGCUAUUGUGAAAUGGCUAACAACCGAGCUAAUUUCUAUGUUUGUAAGAUGUUGUCUAUGUCAUAUGUAGUUUCAUUUCUUCCGUUUUGGCAUAUAUACCUGUGGGUUGCUAAGCUUUGUUUAGAUAGCUAAGCUAUUUGUCAUAUGCUGAUUUUUUACCAGGUAAAAAUGUAAUCAUGGCGCAUCCCAUUGGAUAUCUGUUCCAGCAGAUUGCUACAUUUCAAUUUACAGUUCAUUUGGAGAAGGAGAACACAUAUUUCAUUUUUAGCCAAGAGUCUAAGCUUUGAAUGUAUUUCUGACUGCAUGAAAAAAAGACCCGCCGCCCUCCAGGAUAACAGUCUGCUUCCCUUGGGUUAACGGACCUAAGAUUAGCCUGCACUAUGGGGUUUUGGAGGACCACAGUCUCUGUAGAGAAUGAGGGUUUGUAAAGACAAAUGCCUGGAGAGGUGAACUAUGGACUGUUUUAAAGGGGGAGGGUUCUUUUAGCAGAUAGAUGGAUCUGAAGGCAUAUGCUGUGGUAGUCUCACUAUUUAGAAAAAAAAUCUGUCUCUAUAUCAUAUUGAAAGCUGUCAGGUUGUUGUAAGUGCCAUUAUGUAUUAUAACCCCUGUGGUCAUUGAAGCUUUGCAGAGGGAGGAUUUGGUGCACAAAUUUAAAAAAAAGUAACAAGUCGUAAAACUUUCAGGACGAUCGUACAUUUUUGUGUCCGUGAUUUGGAUUUCUUUUUGCUGCUUGCCAGUCUUACUUUGACUAAAUGUUUCCAUCCCUGGCAACAACAAAAAACGUUUUUUUUUUCUUUUUUUUUUCUUUUCUUUUUAAAUCAAAAGCAGAAGGCUUCAACCAUCCUCUUUCACAUGACGCACAAUGAAAACACAUUCAUGUUGAAUGUCUGUAAAUAUUUAUACCACUUGUACAGAAGAAACUGCAUGCUAUUGUCCUGACUCACAUACAUGUAGUGAUAUAUUUAAGCAUAACGACAGCGGCAGAGAUGGUGGAGGAGUCCAUCUGGACGCUGGUUAUUCAGGACUGCAGAUUGAAAUGGAUAAGCAGAGCAAUGCGACAUUCUGUUUAUGAAAUGGCAUUGGUCCAGUCAGGCGGUUUAAACUCCACCUCCAUGGUUAAAUUGCUUUAAUGACAAACGCCGUUCACCCCCAUCUCUGAAGAACACAUAUAGAUUUAGGUGGUGCAAAGUAUCAUAUAUUUUUUUUUUUGUCUAUUGACAAUGAUGUUUCUGUUUUGUAGGUAAGCUGUUCAUGACAUUAUUUAAAUUUCUGGAUUUAGGCGUAGCUCUGUAAUUAAACUUCCCCCCCCUUGUAAACAUG